UCUCAAUUGUUGAACCAUAUACUUGUAGCAAAGGCCCAAGAGGACAAGCAGAGGAAUUACGUCAAGUUGAAGAAGCGCGUUUACAAACAAAAUUUAUUGAAUAUGAAUUGACGCAGAGACAAGAUAACUAUGGUCAACAGAACGACGGUAGAUCGACCUUGUUUGGUCAUUCCUUAAUGGAGCACCAAGAUCACUUCGACGAUGGUGGCAACAAUUCUUCCUUGCAGGCAGGGUUAGAUAAUUCGUUAACCAGUGACUUCCAUUAUGGUAUGGCCACCGAGAAUGUGAGCGUUUCGUCUUCUUCACCUUCAAUGGAUUUUAUAUCAUCCUCUUUCGAUUUGUAUGGCGAUCAAUUAGUCUUAUCUUCUUCACCACCUGCUUCGGAAGACACUGUUUUGCCUCCAUCGAAAACCAAAAAGAAUAAAAAGUCGCCCAAAAAUAUCCAUCGAACCUUAUCUUACGAAAGUGUCAUGACGUUAAGUGAUAUGAGUAUUCGACAAUCCAAUUCACCCCCACCUCCACCACCGGAACCUUUAGACCAUGAUAAGGUCAUGGAAGCCUUGCGCGCAAAGUUACGUAAAUCUUCCUCUCCUUAUCCCACCAGACCCAAACCCUCUCCCGAACCUGUGCCAAUACCAAAUACUUAUCCCACCACAGGUGUCUUGUUGUUAAAUUUAAAAAGUCGUCGCCGUAAAUCAUCAGUCACUAAACGAAGCAAUUCAACAAAACCAUAAAUUGUAUUUAAAAAAAAUUAUAUGUCUAUAUAGAAGUCUUUCCCUUACCCCUACCACUCUUUUUAUAAAUCAUGCCCCCAUCCCCUUAAACCUCUUCCCCUCCUUCCCAAUACAUAAUAUAUAUAUAUAUACACUGAUAUGCCCUAUUAUUUCUUUUCCUUUUUUUAAUAAACUAUUUACAUACGUCAAAGGUUACGCAAAGUAUAAAUAGAUCGGGAUGGUGUCACACAUCACUGUGCUACAUGCCAUUU